AUGCUUGUACGAAUCGAUUCCCUAGUUGCACGGGGAUUCGGUGAGAAUCAGGCUCCUGCGGACACAGAAGUUAUGAUUAGUUCUCUUCAGAGCGAUUUUGAAGAUUGCAAAGCCCGGCUUCCUGUCCCUAUUGACCAUGAUGUAUUUCAAGGCAUUCCGUCCCACGCCUUCGAAAUCCAUCUCUAUCAAACUAUCUUUUUCGAUGUAUACCCAUCUUCCGCCGCGUCAUUCGACCAAUCCACGGCCCUCCUGCGAAUCGAUGCCCUUUGUCACGGACUAGCGGCUGCAAAACAAUUUAUGAGCUUUUACUUCAGUCUACCACCUGGUAUUGAAAAGAGAUUUAGUUACACCCAAUGGACAAUGACCGGGUUCAGCGUUGCAGCUUCAUGCAAACUUGUUCUCGCAUCGUUGGAGCCAUCCGUUCGAGAUCACGAUCAAGUCCGAGGGUUGCGAGAGACAUUGGAUAUGCGGCAUGAAAUCCAGAAAUCUGUCAAGCGCAUGAAUACGCUGGAUCAGGAGUGUAAAGGUGGGAAGUGGGAUCAACAUGAGAUGUUCUUCUACCAAGGUUGGCUGCGGUUCCUUUCUGAAUGGUUUGAAGAGAAAUAUCGUCUUGCGCAGUCUGAUAGUGCUGGAGAGAAUAAUGGUGAACUGGGAGUCUUCACCACUGGAAUCUCGGAAAAUAAUAUCUAUGAAGAGCCUCAGCCUGAUCCUGGUUUUCCUUGGGUGGAUCUUCAGGACGUUACGAUUGAGCAGAUGUUGAAUGUGUGGUUAGAGCCAAUGAAUAUGCCACACUACUUUUAA